GAUCGAGAGAGACGCAUGGGGAUCUCAGAUCGCCCGCUCCUCCUCGACAACCAGAAGGUUGAUGCUGUCGGCGGCGAUGCCGAAGCUGGAGCGGCUGCGGACUACCCGGCGGUGAGGACCUCGGGAGAGGCGUGGGCGGUGUUCGCGGCGGAGUCGAGGAAGCUGUGGGCGAUCGGCGCCCCCAUCGCCCUCAACCUUUUCUGUCUCUACGGCUACAACUCCCUCACGCAAGUCUUCGUCGGCCACCUCGGCAACCUAGAGCUCUCCGCCGUCGCCAUUACCCUCAAUGUCCUCACCAACUUCGCCUUCGGAUUCCUCCUGGGCAUGGGAAGCGCACUGGAAACACUGUGCGGGCAAGCCUUCGGCGCCAGGCAGGUGGCGAUGCUCGGUAUCUACUUGCAGCGCUCCUGGAUCCUCCUCCUCGUCACCGCGCUCAUCAUCUCCCUGCUCUUCUUCUUCGCCACGCCGGUGCUAGUGCUCAUCGGCCAGGAUUCCACCAUCGCCGCCCUGGCCGGCAAGUUCGCCAUCGCCGUCAUCCCCCAGGUAUUCGCCUCCGCCAUCACCUUCCCCUCGCAGAAGUUCCUCCAGGCGCAGAGCAAGGUGGCGGUCCUCGCCGCCAUCGGCCUAAUCGGCCUCGUCCUCCACGUCGCCAUGCUCGCCCUCUUCAUCUACGUCUUCGGCUGGGGCCUCGCCGGUGCCGCCGCCGCCUUCGACAUCUCCGCCUGGGCCGUCGCGCUGGCGCAGGUCGCAUACAUCGUCGGCUGGUGCCACGAGGGCUGGACCGGCCUGUCGCGGGCCGCCUUCAGGGAUAUCUGGGCCUUCCUCAAACUGUCUCUGGCCUCGGCCUUCAUGCUCUGCCUCGAGAUAUGGUACAUAGCCAUUCUCACCGUGCUCACCGGCCACCUCGACGACGCCGAGAUCGCCGUCGGCUCCAUUUCCAUCUGCCUGAACAUAAAUGGCUGGGAAGGUAUGAUUUUUAUCGGCAUCAAUGCGGCCGUAAGCGUUCGGGUGUCGAACGAGUUGGGAGCAGGGCGGCCGAGGACGACCAAGUACGCGGUCAUCGUGAUUCUGGUUCAGUCUCUGGCCAUCGGCCUCUUCUGCAUGGCCGUCGUCUUCGCCACGCGCAACUACUUCAGCCUAAUCUUCACCAGCGACAAAGACAUGCAACGGGCGGUGGCCAAGAUAGCGUAUUUGCUCGCCGUCACCAUGGUCCUCAACAGCAUCCAACCGGUUGUCUCAGGAGUUGCUGUGGGAGGAGGGUGGCAGGCACUGGUGGCUUACAUCAACUUGGGUUGCUACUACAUUUUUGGCCUUCCUCUGGGCUUUCUACUGGGGUAUUUGCUCAAACUGGGAGUGCAGGGAAUUUGGAUGGGCAUGCUCUCUGGAGUUCUUCUACAGACACUAAUUCUUCUGUUCAUAGUCUGGAAGACAGAUUGGAAGAAAGAGGCAAGCCAAGCCGAAGAAAGAAUUAGGUUGUGGGGAGGGCAACAAGACGAUUGAUGCAGCAGCUAAUUAAGUUUUUCCUCUCAAGAUCAAACUAUUUAUAGCUUUAUUUAGUUCGUCAGCAAUAAAGCUUCAUCGCAACAAUAAA